AUGUCGAGAAUUCCUCCUCCUCGUCGUUAUACGCUUCAACCAUCAGCAAGAAAAGUUUCAUCGAGUUCUGAGUACGCAGGUGACGAUCCUUGGGUUAACGAAUUAUUAAAUCGUGAAAUUGAUUUUUCGAAAUUAAUUCGCCAACGACCAUCAAUUGAAAUUGUCAAUCCAAGAAUUGAUCCUAUUGCAUAUGCUCCGAUUAGAAGAGAAAUACAUCAUCAAUAUCGACUAACACCUUCAACUCAACAUAAUUCAAAUACGUUAAAGGCAAAUUCAACAUCACGAACAUGGAUUAUUGAUCAAACAAAUCAACCUAACAAACAUUCAUCCAAACACAAUUCGCACAAAAGGAGUUUUGAUGAAGAAGAAUCACUUGUGAAAUAUCAAAGAAGACUUAUAUCUCCUAGACGAAAUUCUUCAUUUGCACAUGGUGACUUUAAGGGAAAAGAUAAUGACGACGACGAUGAUGACGAAAAAAGUGAAAACAAAACUCUAUGGAAUUUAUACAGUAGUAAAGAAAAACGGAAUAUUUUGAUAUAUAUCAUCGGAAUAAUGUUAUACAAAUUUGGCUUAGAAGCAUUUAACGGCUCGAUCGUUAGUUUGGCAGCAAAUCGUUACGAUCGUGAUGCCAUGCAAAGUGGAAUGUCGGCGAAAACAUUUGAAAAGGUCGGAUUAAUAAUUGGACUGAACCAAGCGUGUCAGUGUAUUGGAUCGAUUCUUAUCGCUCCAUUGAUCAAACGUUGGCCGACGCGAACGGUUUUAUCCAUAUCGAUAUUUCUAUUUUCCAUAUUCGCCGCAUUGUUAAUGAUCAUCGAUGGAGCGACAGGCGGAAAAAUCAAACCAAAUCCAUUUUAUCCGGCGCACGAACACGAUUACAGCUACUACGGAAACUAUCCGACUAAUCUCAUCAUUCCAAUUUAUUGUUUAACUGGAAUUGCAUAUGGAAUGGUUGAAUUAAUUCGGCGUAUCAUCCCCCGGGAUAUUGUAGGAAGUGAUGAAGAAAAAUUACAACGAAUGGAUGCACUUGUUCAUGUGUUUUACGAAGUUGCUGGCGUCAGUGGGGCGUUUGUAACCGGACUCGUUUUAAUUCCUAAACUUGGUAACAAUUAUUCGUUUAUCAUUACUCCGAUCCUUUUUACUCUAUCCGCGAUUGUUUGGUUCUUUAUUAAUGCNAAACUUUGUCCUCCACUAGGGUCACUGAAUAGUCACUAUCGAACAGCGAUGUGA